AUGAAUCCUCUUUCUGAUUUUGAUUUGGUCCCUCCAGAAGGGCUUCAAGAUAUACUUGAUCUUGCUGUAGUCACUCCAGAAGGCCUUCAAAGCAUACUUGAUGAGACUUUAAUGGUACCAGGAGGAAAUGAUCAGAUCUUUGAUCAGAAUUACGCCUUUGCUAAGCAAUUGGGUAUGGCUGAGGACGAUCGAAGUGUUACUUUGUCUCCAAACACUAGUCGUUCUCCAGGGACUCCUUAUUUUCCAAAAAUCAUAGAAGUUGAAGCAGCCGCUGAGCCAGAAAAACCAGAACAGCCAGAACAGCUAGAGCAACCAGAUCAGAUAGAACCAUAUCAAAAAAACUUAAUCUCAGUCCCAGAUUUCGAUUUGGACUUGGAUGCAAUCCUGUCCGCGGCCGCAUUUGCUCAAUCACCUCAACCGCAACAGGUUCAACCUAAGAAACCACUUCGACCGUCUUUUCCAGUCAAUCCAUUUUUGAGUUUGAGUAGAAAAGAUCAAAAAAAUGUUGAAGCAGCUAGAACGAUUUUGUCAAUGAUCAAAGUUCUUGCUAUUAAUGAAAAUCUACGCGGAGGCAGGUAUACGUUGAUUAGUGAAAGAAAUGCCAUCCUUUCCAUGUCAGUCAAUUACACCUUGAACGUACAGCCAAACGUUCAACGAACAAAUUCACAACAACUGUUCUCAUCACUCUUGAAACGCGCAUUUUCUACAUUUGACCAUGAUACAAUAAACCGUGAAGGUGUCGCAGAAAGGUCCAAUUAUGGUCGGAUUCGUUUCAAAGAUUCAUUUGAACGUGCUUUUCUGCUUGUUGCAGUUCGUCUCUUACGUCAUAAAUUCAUGUAUGAACCUGAAGAAGGGACGGCCAACCAUUACUCAAGUGACUUUGAAGCGCUUUUACCAAAAUCAUCAAUGUGUAAGAACAAACGUCUUUUUAUGAAACGGACAAAAGACCUUUGUAGGAUCAUUAUUGCUUGUGGUCAUCCAUGUAUCGUUUUAAUUCUUGUUCGAAUUGCCAUUCGCAGGGGCUUACGAUUCGUUGAAUUGUUGGAUCGUUUACCCGUUCAACAAUUCUGUCAAUUUCUCUCAACGGGUCAAGUCUGUUUGACAAACUUGCAUUCAGGUCCUCCUAUACCCAAGAACAGAUCUCUUCCAGCAAAUUCUGGUCAUCAAUUAGAAUCGAAUCUUCUGUAUGCCCGUGAACAUAUUUUGAUGCCUUUGUUGUGCAUCGCAAGUCAACGUAUCCCUCAAACAUUCUUCAUGUUUGAUGAUACAAGAGUACCGUUCAACGUACAAGCAUGUUUGACAGCAAUCGUUCCACAUACCUUUCAAUCAAGGUAUGCAGUUUUUCUGAAGGGUGAAGUGCAACAUGAUGCAUGGCAAGCUGGCGAAGUGGAAGUAGAGACAUUUUCACAUGUUACCUCCAAUAAUGUCCGAAUAGCAAGCACAAGUAAUCAGCACGAUUCAGAUGAAAUCUCAGACCCGAGUGAUGAUGAGCAUUCAAUCGGAGAAACACAAUCCCGUGAAGCCGAAUACUCGAUCAGAAAAGAUAAGCGAACUUUUCACAAUUUCAAUUAUGCCAAAUAUUCAAAUAUCCAAGAAGUGAUCCAAAAUCCACCUGCAUUUUUGAAGAAUAAGGUUUUGAACAUGUCAGCAGAUGAUUAA